AUGGCCCCACCCAACAAUGAAAGUUCGUUCGAAGUGAUCAGCAACGUUGUUGCUACGGAGCAGCGCAUGGAUAACUUUGAUGAUGCCGCCGAAGAGUCACCGAAAUCGCAAAUGCCCUGGGAAACGCCGGCGGCCCAGGGACUGUACGAUCCACAGAACGAGCAUGAGGCCUGCGGCGUAGGCUUCAUCGUGUCGAUCGAAGGAAAGCCCAAUCAUAAGAUCUUACGCGAUGCCCAAACGCUUGCCAUUCGCAUGAACCAUCGGGGUGCAUGUGCCUGUGAUAACGACACCGGCGAUGGUGCUGGCGUAUGCACUUCGAUACCGCAUCAACUGUACGCCAAGGAGCUAUCUUCCCGUGGCAUUGAGUUGCCCGAACUUGGCCGAUAUGCGACCGGUAUCUUCUAUCUCGAUAAGAACACUCACGAGGAAGCGGAGAAAGAAUUCAACUCGCUGGCCGAGAGCUUGGGACUUCAGGCGAUCGCCUGGCGCGAUGUGCCGACCAACCAGGAGGCGGUCGGUGGGGUGGCCCGGAAGAGCGAGCCACUGUCCAGGCAGGUCUUCGUUACCGCCGACGUCGAUGAGGACACGUUCAAGCGGCAGGUGUACGUGCUGCGUAAGCGUGCCUCGCACGAGCUGCAACGCCCGGGACGCCGGUUCUACAUCUGCUCGCUGUCGCCGAAGACGAUCGUAUACAAGGGCUUGUUCACGUCCGAUCAGCUGUGGGAGUACUACGAGGACCUGAAGAAUCCGGACUUCCUCACCUACCUGGCGCUCGUGCACACGCGCUUCAGCACCAAUACAUUCCCGUCCUGGGAACGGGCCCACCCGCUGCGGGUGCUGGCGCACAACGGCGAAAUCAAUACGCUGCGCGGUAACGUGAACCUUAUGAAAGCUCGCGAAGGGGUGAUGAAGAGCGAAGAGUUCGGCGCGGAACUGAAGAAGCUCUAUCCGGUCGUCGAGCCGAAUCUGUCCGAUUCCGGGUCCUGUGACUGUGUGCUUGAGUUUCUGGCCCACGUCGGAAAUCGUUCGCUGCCGGAGGCCGUUAUGACGAUGGUCCCGGAAGCGUGGCAGAACGAUCGUACGAUGUCGCAGGAGAAGCGUGACUUCUACCAUUGGUCGGCGUGCGUGAUGGAACCGUGGGACGGUCCGGCACUGAUCUCCUUCACCGAUGGCCGCUACAUCGGAGCCAUUCUCGAUCGCAACGGGUUGCGCCCGUCGCGUUUCUACGUGACGCGGGACAACGUGCUCAUCAUGGCCUCGGAAGUCGGCGUUUACGACGUAGAUCCCAAAGACGUUAUACUCAAGAGCCGCUUGAAGCCGGGCCGUAUGCUGCUGGUGGACACGGAGAAAAAGGCGCUCAUCCAGGACAUCGAGCUGAAGACGGAGAUUGCCAAAUCCCGUCCGCAUGGCGAAUGGUUGCAGGAACAGAUAACGAUGGAUGUUAUUCGUCGCGAAGCAGGCGUUGAAUCGAAUGGUGGCAGCGUUGUGGCGCUGAACAACGAAACUGCGCUGACGAGCGAGCGCAAAGGCAUCUUGGAUCCUCGGCUGCCGCUGUACGGUUACACGACCGAAACGAUCCACAUGCUGCUGCUGCCGAUGAUCAAGAACAAGAAGGAAGCGCUCGGAUCGAUGGGCAACGAUGCGCCGCUCGCGUGUCUGUCCGCCUUCCAGCCGCUACCGUACGAGUACUUCAAGCAACUCUUUGCCCAGGUCACCAACCCACCGAUCGAUCCAUUCCGUGAAAAGAUCAUCAUGUCGCUGCAGUGCCCGGUCGGGCCGGAGGCGAACCUACUGGUGGCCUCGCCCUCGCAGGUACAUCGCAUCUGGUUGGAUAAUCCGAUCCUAAGCAUUCCGGAUGCUGAAACGCUCAAACGGAAUCGGCACCGUGGCUGGAAAACUAAGGUUCUCGAUAUUACAUUCCCAGCGAACGAGGGUCCACCGGGUUACCUCGGUGGGUUGCGGCGUGUCUGCGCCGAGGCGGAGGCUGCCGCCCAGCACAGCUACCAGCUGUUGGUGCUGUCCGAUCGGGCGGCCGGCGCCGAACGGGCCCCCAUUUCGGCCCUGCUGGCGCUCGGGGCCGUCCACCAUCAUCUGAUCGAGACGCGCCAACGCAUGAAGGUCGGUCUGAUCGUGGAGACGGCCGAGGCACGCGAAGUCCACCACGUGUGCGUCCUGCUCGGGUACGGGGCCGAUGCAAUCUGCCCGUACUUGGUGUUCGAGAUGGCGAAUGCGUUGCGCGACGAGUGCGUGAUCGAUCCGUCGCUCACCGACGAUGGCAUCUACCGGGCGUAUGCGACCGCCAUCGAGACCGGCAUCCUGAAGGUGAUGGCCAAGAUGGGAAUCUCGACGCUCCAGUCGUACAAGGGCGCACAGAUUUUCGAAGCCGUUGGCAUGGGCACGGAUGUGAUCGAUCUUUGCUUCCGCGGCACUCAGUCGCGCAUCGGUGGCGUCAGCCUGGAAGUGUUGGCCCGGGAGGGUCUCGAGCGGCACGAGCUGGUGCACGGCACGCGACACUCGGACGCGUUGAUCCUGCGCAAUCCGGGUCAGUUCCACUGGCGUGCGGGCGGCGAAGGGCACAUCAACGAACCGGCCGCGAUCGCGGCCCUUCAGGAGGCGGCCGUGAACGAGAGCAAAGGUGCGUAUGCCACGUUCCGCGAUACGACCAUGCGCAGCGUGGAGCUGUGCACUUUGCGCGGUCAGCUGGAGUUUGUCAAGGGCCGCCCGAAGAUUGAUCUCGCCGACGUAGAACCGGCCAGCGAGAUCGUGAAGCGUUUCGCGACCGGUGCCAUGAGCUUUGGUAGUAUUUCACUCGAAGCCCACCAGACACUGGCCAUCACGAUGAACCGUAUCGGGGGCAAGAGCAACACGGGCGAGGGAGGCGAGAAUGCCGAUCGCUACAUGAACCAGGAUCCGCAGCACAAUCGGCGUUCGGCCAUCAAGCAGGUCGCUUCCGGGCGGUUCGGAGUGACGGCCGCGUACCUUGCCAACGCGGAUGAUCUGCAGAUUAAGAUGGCCCAGGGAGCGAAGCCGGGCGAAGGCGGUGAACUGCCCGGGUACAAGGUAUCGCAGGAGAUUGCCGACACGCGCCACUCGGUGCCGGGCGUGGGUUUGAUUUCUCCCCCUCCGCACCACGACAUUUACUCGAUCGAGGAUCUGGCCGAGCUGAUCUACGAUCUGAAGUGUGCCAAUCCGAAGGCACGCAUCAGUGUCAAGCUGGUGUCGGAGGUCGGUGUCGGAGUGGUGGCGUCCGGUGUGGCGAAGGGCAAGGCGGAGCAUAUCGUCAUUUCGGGCCACGACGGUGGCACCGGUGCUAGCAGCUGGACCGGCAUCAAGUCGGCCGGAUUACCGUGGGAACUGGGGAUCGCCGAAACCCACCAGGUCCUGGUGCUGAACGAUCUUCGAUCAAGAGUUGUGGUGCAAGCCGACGGUCAGCUACGGACCGGGUUCGAUGUGGUUGUUGCCGCGUUGCUCGGGGCGGAUGAGUUCGGUUUCAGUACCGCUCCGCUCAUCGUAAUGGGCUGCACGAUGAUGCGCAAGUGUCACUUGAACACGUGCCCGGUCGGCAUCGCCACGCAGGAUCCGGUGCUGCGUGCCAAGUUCUCCGGCAAGCCGGAGCAUGUGAUCAACUAUUUCUUCAUGCUGGCCGAAGAGAUCCGCGAGAUCAUGGCGGGACUCGGGUUGCGCCGGUUCCAGGAACUGAUCGGCCGCACGGAUCUGCUCAAGAUGCGCGAUACAGUGUCGUUCAAGGGAUCGCUGCUCGAUCUGCAGAUGCUGCUUAAGAACGCAUUGGAUCUGCGCCCGGGCACCAACAUUGUCGGUGGCUCGCUGCACCAGGACUUUAUGCUAGAGAAACGUGCCGACAACGAGCUGAUCAAACGGACGAUGGCGGUCAUCGAAGGGACGGCUGCCGAUCCUCAUUUGACGAUCGGCAUGAAGAUCAACAACGAGGAACGAGCAUUCUCCAGCACGCUGAGUUAUGAGAUUGCUCGUCGCUACGGAGAUGCCGGAUUGCCGGAGGGACGCUCGAUCACCAUCAAUCUGGCCGGAUCGGCUGGCCAAAGCUUCGGAGCGUUCCUGGUGCAGGGCGUCAAGAUGACGCUGGAGGGCGAUGCAAACGAUUAUGUCGGCAAGAGCCUUUCGGGUGGCACGAUCGUGAUCAGGCCACCGGAAGGGACCACGUUCGAGUCGCACCUGAACGUGAUCGUGGGCAACGUGUGCCUGUACGGGGCCACUGCCGGACGCGCUUACUUCCGCGGUAUCGCUGCCGAGCGGUUCUGCGUGCGCAAUUCGGGCGUCACGGCCGUCGUGGAGGGCGUCGGUGAUCAUGGGUGCGAGUACAUGACCGGCGGAAUGGUGGUCAUUCUGGGGCUAACCGGGCGUAACUUUGCCGCCGGAAUGUCCGGAGGUAUCGCGUACGUCCUCGACGUCGACGGAACGUUCCGCUCGAAGGUGAACCCCGGGAUGGUCGAGCUGCUGGGGCUCGAACUGGAUGAAGACCGGCAAACGGUUAAGAAUUUGCUGCAGGAAUUCAUUGACGAAACUGGUUCGGAAAUCGCGACGGAACUGCUAUCGACGUGGCCCGAACCUUGCCAGCAGUUUGUGAAGGUGUUCCCCCACGAGUACCAGAAAGCACUGAAGGCAAUGAAAGAGCAAAGCGUGGCCAAGGCCACGGUCGCGACUAACGGUCACCCGAAGCAGGAACCGCAGGUGAAGGACAUCGAGGAAUCGAUCCAGGAUGCGGCGCUGGCGAAGAAGAAGCUCGAUCAGGUAUUGGACAAAACGCGUGGCUUCAUCAAGUACAAGCGCGAGACAACGGUCUAUCGGAACGCGACCGAGCGUCAGAAGGAUUGGAAAGAAGUGUUCAACUUCCCGCACGUGCGCCAGAACUUGAAAGUGCAGGCCGCACGCUGCAUGGAGUGUGGCGUUCCGUUCUGCCAGUCGAACUCGCACGGUUGCCCGCUCGGGAACAUCAUUCCGAAGUGGAACGAUCUCGUGUUUAAUGGCAACUGGCAGGAAGCGAUCAAUCAGCUGCUGCAGACGAACAACUUCCCCGAGUUCACGGGCCGCGUCUGUCCGGCACCGUGUGAAGGGGCGUGCGUGCUGGGCAUCUCGGAACCGGCCGUGACGAUCAAAAACAUCGAGUGUGCCAUCAUCGACCACGCAUUCGAGCAGGGUUGGAUCAAGCCCCAUUUGCCGGAAGUUCGUACGGGAAAGAAGGUUGCCGUGGUCGGAUCGGGUCCCGCCGGUUUGGCCGCCGCUCAGCAGCUGAACAAAGCCGGCCACCUGGUGACGGUGUUCGAACGCAACGAUCGUCCCGGUGGUCUGCUGCAGUACGGCAUUCCGACCAUGAAACUCUCGAAGACGGUCGUACAACGACGGCUGGAUCUGAUGGUGGCCGAAGGUAUCGAGUUCCGGUGCAAUACGCACAUCGGUAAGGACGUGAUGGGAUCGCAGCUGGAGCAAGAGUACGAUGCGGUUCUGUUCACCACCGGAGCCACCUGGCCACGCGAUCUGAAUCUUCCCAACCGCGAUCUGAAGGGAAUCUACUUUGCCAUGGAGUUCCUGGAGGCGAGCCAGAAGAAACUGCUCGGAACGCGCCCGGAAUGGAUAUCGGCCGCCGGCAAGGAUGUGAUCGUUAUCGGUGGCGGUGACACCGGGUGUGAUUGUAUCGCGACCUCACUGCGCCAGGGAGCGCGAUCGAUCACCACGUUCGAAAUUCUUCCCGUCCCGUCCGAGAAGCGCGGUCAGGAUAACCCAUGGCCACAGUGGCCACGCAUUUUCCGUGUCGAUUACGGUCAUGAGGAGGUCCGGGUGAAAUGGGGCAAGGACCCACGGCAGUAUUCGACCACGACCAAGGAGUUCGUGAGCGAUGGCGACGGUAACAUCAAGGGUGUGAACACGGUCGAGGUCGAGUGGGCCAAAACUCCGACCGGCCAGUGGAGUAUGAAGGAAGUGGCAGGCUCGGAGAAGUACUAUCCGGCCGAUCUGAUCCUGCUGGCCAUGGGCUUCCUGGGCCCGGAAAAGCUGGCCCCGUCCGAGAUGAAACUGGAACUCGACGGUCGAGGCAACAUCAAAACCCCCGUUGGAACGUACGGUACGGCCAAUCCGAAGGUAUUCGCGGCGGGCGACUGUCGCCGCGGUCAGUCGUUGGUGGUUUGGGCCAUCUCGGAGGGAAGGCAGGCGGCACGACAGAUCGAUGCGUAUUUGAUCGGCAAGCCUAGCGCUCUGCCCGGUCCGGGCGGUGUGAUCGAUAACACCCGGUCACCGAUUGCCGUCAAGGCGUAAGCGAUCCGAUUCGAUCAGA